CUGUGAUAUAAAAGAGCUUACAAGCACGUGUUUAUUGACACAUUGAUGUCUUUUGGGCCCAUGUCAAGCAGCGUGUAUAUUUACUGCAAAGAGGAAAUAGUGCUGAUGAGGACAGACUGUCAAACUUAAAGAAUAGACGGGACGUAACAGUGCCGUUGGUGUCGUUAUGAGAUGUUGAUGUUGACCUGUAAGCAUGCAAAGCUCCACAACCGCUUCCAAAGACAGUUUCAUGUUGCAGCACAUGAUAUCAAACACUGCUGUGGGGUAGAAGCUCAGCUCUAAAAAGCUGGUGUGGAAAUGUGAUGAUGUUUGAUAUGACUUGUUAAUUACCAGCUCAGUGGAAGUUAACAUGUUCAGCUAUUUGAUUCAUCCCACACUAAUGGGUCUUAUUGUUCUGUUUAAUGCUGAUUGGGUCUUUAUCAUGGUCUUCAUCCUUUGUUCUACUGGCAGGUCAAAGAAGAGCAGGAAAGGCGAUUGCGCAACAGAUGGAAACAGCAGCACCCAAACUCAGCCUGCCGAGGACGUGUUGUACGCCUCCAUUAACCACAGCACGGCCAAAGCAUCGAGAAGAACCACGAGCCCCGCGGAUGACCAGUGCGACUACGCAACGGUUCACCUCCCAGAGGCACUGCAACCCGAACUCGUGUCAGAGUGCUCGUCUAAAGACGAAGGCGCAGACGAUUACGUGCUCAUGGGGUGACGAGAAACAAGAGGAAGCUCAUUCGGUCUCAGGACUCGGAGACACCACAAACAGGAUGAAGGGUCUGGUCAUCGAAGUCUUGAUCUUCAGUGAAGAAACGGUGACAGCAGCUGGUUGCAGAAACACCAAAUCCCUGACCGGUGAAAGAAAGCGCCUCGUUCCCUCCUCGGGAAGUCAAACUUUCAUAUUAUAGCAUCUGUUAAAUAUUUAUACAUCAAGAGGUUAUACUGUGUGUGCUUUGAAUAUGUCCAAAACGACAGAGCUGUUAGUUACAGUGUCACUUGAAUGCAUCUUAAUGGUGUGUUCACACCGGACGCGUCAAAAUUUUGACGCGCGUCGAGAUUACAUGUUAAGUCAAUGCAAAGCUGCGUCGAAGCUGCGUAGCUGCGUAUUUUCCAGCGAGCAGCGCGUCAGACGCGUUUGAAGCAGCACGAACAGAGAGUUUGUCGCGGGGCGAACUCAGCGAACAGCGCGAACAGACGCAGCUCGUUGACGCGCGAGUUCAAAUUUCCCAACUCUGGCAGCAAAGACGCGUGAGUCAUAGUUGCGUCAGCCAAUCAGCGUUGAGCAGCUCCGCUCGUCAUCGU